AAGAAGAUCCAAACUCCUGUUUUAGUCUCCAAGGACAGGACUCUAACUUCAGCACCUGUCAUCUAGCAGCCCCAGGGUUCGGGGUUUAAGGAUCUCGAAAAGCGACAGCGGCGCGUUUUCCGAUUGGCCCAAUUCAGGCCCCGCCCUCUCAGGUAGGUCGACUUUAAAUUGAUCAAGAGCGGUCCUUAUGAGGUUUCAGGGAGUGAUCAUCGGGACGAUCCCUGUGCGUUUCUCCACAGCCCUCGAGCUUCAAGAUUGGCCCGCGCCCGCGGCAGAGCUUCUCGGCCUCUUUUGGGUGAACCCGAUUGGGCUGGAGGUGGGAGACGAAAGGAUGGAAAGGUGUCAGAGAGAGAAGGGGGCGGGGAAGAGUGUAGGUGACGUUGCCAGGGGCGCGUGCUGGGCGUGACGGCAUCUGCACGAGCCUCUAGGGGAGGUUUAGACCGGGGCGGCGGCGGCGGUGGCGGCAGCGGCAGUGGCAGCGGCGCGAGAGCAGUAUGAUUUUGAAAUCUUGAACAUGGAUUUUUCACGUCUCCAUACAUAUACUCCUCCUCAGAGUGUGCCAGAGAAUACUGGCUACACGUAUGGACUCAGUUCAAGCUAUUCUUCAGAUGCCUUGGAUUUUGAGACUGAACAUAAAUUGGAUCCUGUGUUUGAUUUUCCAAGACUGUCACGUCGAAGCUUGCAUUCGGUCCCUACAAUAUACACCAGUGAUGAUGGUCAGGUGGAAAACACUCACUCCUAUACUAGAAAUACUUCUCACAAAGACAAGAUUUCAAAGACAUCUAAACAUCAUAGAAACACAAACAAACAAUCUUUGGCCCUAAAUCAUACAACAAGAAAAGCUGCUUCCAACUCCUCCUCCCUUCUCAGCCAGAGUACCUUUGAUAGUCAUGCUAGUGAUACGUCUUUAAGAUCCUCUGUCCUGGAUGAGUCUUUAAUUCGUAAACAGACCAAAGUUGUCCAUUUCUGGGGUCUUGAUGAUGAUGGUGAUCUUAAAGGUGGGACUAAAACUGUCAUUCAGGGAAAUGGUGACCUAGCAACUGGAGAAACAGAUACAACCUUGAACAAUGGUUAUAUAUGCAGUGAUUGCAGUAUGCUUUCUGAGAGAAAGGAUGUCCUCACAGCCUACUCUACUUCCCACGUGCCAUCUUCAAGAAUUUAUUUUAGGGAUGGGAGUCAAAAACGAGGUGCAUCUAUCCACAUGAAUAGAAUUUUACGUCUGGCCAAACAUACAGCGGCAUCAUUUUCAUCACUCUUAGUUCAACUUUUUCAAGUUGUUUUAAUGAAGUUGGGUUAUGAAUCAGAAAAUUACAAAUUGAAAAAUUAUGAAUCUAAAGAUUGUGAAUCAAAAAGUUAUAAGACGAAAAGCCAUGAAUCAAAAGCUCAUUCGAAUUACUGUGGGUGUGUGAAUGUAAAAGAGUUUCUCAGAGAGGAUGGCCACCUCAGUGUAAAUGGGGAAUCACUGUGUGAUGACUGUAAGGGGAAGAAACAUCUUGAAACAUAUACAACAACCCACUUGCAAUCUUCAAGGUCAAAAAGGGUAGCAAGGACCAUUUGGCACACCUUUUCUUACACAGGUUACUUUUUGAUGCAAACACUACAAAGAAUUGGAGCUACAGGAUGGUUUGUGUCCAAGAAGGUGUUGUCGUUUCUUUGGUUGGCUAUUGUUUCUCCAGGGAAGGCAGCUUCUGGAGUAUUCUGGUGGCUAGGAACUGGAUGGUACCAAUUUGUUACUUUGAUUUCUUGGUUAAAUGUGUUUCUGCUUACAAGGUGCCUUCCAAAAAUUUGCAAGUUGCUACUGUUACUUAUCCCACUUUUACUUCUGUCAGGGAUAGGCCUUUAUUUAUGGAACAUGGAAAGUUUCCUUUCACUCUUGCCUAUAUUUAAUUGGACAAGAAUACAUAAAACACAGGGGAUAGAUGAGUCCAAAUACUUCUUUAAGCCUGAUUCUUCCCACGAUAAUCAGCCUACAGAGAUGGAUUUUCUAUCUUUCCAACAAGAAAAUGAAUUCCGUAUAUUGAAGCUAGAAGAUCUUCUUGGAAAAUUGUUUGAAAAGGACAAGCUUAUCCAGGAAGAAUUAGAUCAGACCAAGUCAAGAAUAAUUAGUGGAGUUGAUGAACGACAGCAUCUCAUGUCCAAAGUUAAGCAUCUAGAAUUGGAACUAGGUCAUUUGAAAUCAGAAUUAUUAACUUGGCAAGACUUGAAGACUAGCUGUGACAAAAUAGAGGCAGUGCAUGAAAAGGUAGAUACCCAAAUCCAGGAAACUAUCAGACUUAUGUUUUCUGAUGAUCAUCAAGAUGGUUCUCUUGAAUGGCUGCUGCAGUGGCUUUCUUCCAAAUUUGUAAGCAAAGGUGACUUGCAAAUUUUAUUACGGGAUUUAGAGCUGCAAAUUUUAAAGAAUAUUACACACUUUGUGUCGGUGGGAAAACAAAUUCCAACUCCUGAGACAUUGCUAAAUGCUGACAGCGUGAGGAUUUCUGGCAUAACAGAAUUGCAAGCACGUGUUAUUGUUAAUAAUGCUCUGAAGCUGUAUUCCCAGGACAAAACAGGGAUGGUAGAUUUUGCUUUAGAAUCUGGAGGUGGCAGCAUUCUGAGUACUCGUUGUUCUGAAACAUAUGAAACCAAAACUGCAUUAAUUAGUGUGUUUGGAAUUCCUCUGUGGUAUCACUCACAGUCUCCCCGGAUUGUCAUUCAGCCUGACAUAUAUCCAGGGAAUUGCUGGGCAUUUAAAGGAUCUCAAGGAUAUCUUGUUGUGAGAUUAUCAAUGAUGAUCUAUCCAUCAGCUUUUACAAUGGAACAUAUACCAAAGACACUUUCACCAACAGGCAACAUCACUAGUGCUCCUAAAGAUUUCUCAGUAUACGGUUUAGACAAUGAAUAUCAAGAAGAAGGAAUGCUUCUAGGACAGUUUGUUUAUGAUCAAGAAGGAGACUCACUUCAGAUAUUUCAAGCAAUGAAGAGCCCUGGAAAAGCUUUCCAGAUUGUAGAACUUCGAAUUUUUUCUAAUUGGGGCCAUCCUGAAUAUACAUGUCUAUAUCGCUUCAGAGUACAUGGAGAACUUACGAAGUAAAAAUCCUGUCUACAUUAUUUUUCUUGUACAUUUUUGUAUAUACCAAACAACCUGAAACACUGGAUGAGGGCAUGUUUUACCACAGGACAAAAUUAUCUUCUAUAAUAAACUUCGAAAGACUGCCAGCAAGACAAUACAUGAAAAUUCAACUGAUAAAAUGUUCCCGAUGCUCAGCUUGCCAUUGACACCUUAAAAAAAAAAAAUGGUCAUGCUGAGAAACUGCAUGCUGAAUACUCUGAUUUACUAAGAUUGGUUAGCAGAACAGGUGAUGUCUCUUGUACCUAGUUUGAAUUGUAUUGUUAACAAAACUAUUUUACUUUUGUUUUUCAACUUUAGAAUCUAUUUUAACAUAUACUUAUAUUUGUCUGGCACCAGGAACAAAGCAAGUAGACAUUAAAAGUUUCCUUAAGAUUUUGGUCUCAGUACUUUGGCCUUUUCACUAGAUUUUGAAGACUUUUUUUUGGUAUUUGUAUUUUAUCUAUUAAACCUUAAUACAUAUUACUGUCAGGGAAAAAUAAUGCAACCAAAAUGUCUUUAUUUAUCAGCAGCUUAAACUCCUAUUCUUUGGAAUUGCCUUAACCCAGACACAGAUUUUACUUUUGUUAUUUUAAUUUACUUUAUUUGUGGGAUUGGAUGGGGAAGAAAGGGGGCUGGAUGGGAUAGAAAUUAGGUGAGGAAAUAAUACCUUUCAAAUUUGUUUUCAGAUUUGCUCUCAUUCUUGAGCCAGCUUUUCAAAGUAAAUAGUGUCUUGUAAUACUAGUUGAGCAAAAUAUGGAAAUUUAAUUUUAUUUCUUAGUUUUAAGGGUGAACUAGAUCUAAAAUCACAACUCAACUCUUAGGUCUGAAUGAUGCUUAUUUCAAUUAAAUUAAUUUAGCUUAGUCUGGGUUAUACACUAAGAAAAUAAAAUUAAGAUCUGAAAAGAAUAGAAUAUUUUGAUUUUGAAUUCUGCUAUAGAACCAAGACUAAUAUGUUCUUAACAUUUGUAUCUUUAUCCCGAUGGUCACAUGAUAUUGAAAAAGUGUAUUAGCUAACAUAGUAGGCAAGUUCAGCUGCCAUUAUUACAUUUUAAAGCCUUUGUUUUUCCCUUACAAGAGCAUUUUUACUGGACAUAAUUGGGAUUUGCAUUAUAUUAUAAAACUGCAUGUAGCGUUCUUGCUUGACUGAUCUUAGAGGCUUAUUUGGUUGUGAUUAACAUGUUAUCAUACAUAUUGUAUUUUCAGAAAAGGCUUAAAAUGAUGGUGCUGACUCGUUUUCUGAGUAGAGUUUUAUGUAUAUUGCACAACAGUCCUCAAAUGUAUUUAAAAACUCCAUAAAUUAGCAUUUGUUCACUGUUUUUAGAAGUGGAACUAAUGCCUAUACAGAGAAGUUGGAUAAAAUAUGUACAGGUAUUUCAUAUAUUAUAGGUUAAAUAUAUAAAUCAAAAUUAUCCUGUGUAAAUUAAAUUUGGGAACUGGGAUGGGAAUAUUUUGAAUACUAAUUUAUUUUUAAAGAUGCAAGAUAGGACUUUGUGCAAUGUAUUUUUGUAAAUGCUUUUCAAAAUAUUUGUCUUUGGUAGUGUUUCUUUUGCUGCCUCCAAAUUCACAAGAUGCUAUUGAGAUGUUUAAAUAAAGAAUUUGUAAUUUUUAAAAGUGCAUGUAAUAUUUCAAAUUAAUAAUAAAAAGUAUAUUUCUUUUCUCA